AGUAAGGUUAACGUUGGAUCACCAGGCUCAACUCCACUCCCAUGCCUUUAGGCCUGGUGACAAAGGAUCCAUCAUCCUGUUGGCCACUUGGCGGGAGCGGCGGCAGUGCCAUAACUAACGACGAUUCCAGGUUAAACCAAGUUUCACUUCUGUAGAUGCUGCACGCGUGACCGACUUAUGUUGUUUUAACGGCGUCCCGUGCGGUCUGCAGCAUCUCUCUGCAAGCUCACCACUGGCCCAUCUCACUGCAGCCGCCCCAGUAAACAAUGCAUCCCCCACCUGGUGAAGGGUCCUGUCGCUAGAUCAUUACAUCAUUUCUGGCAUGGGCGUCUUACCAUGUCUCACCUCCAAAUCCUCGCUUGAAUUCCAUUCUACCGAAGCAUUUUAGGUUCGAUUGCGCAUUCAGCUUUGGCCAUUGAGGCCGUAGUUCAUCUCGAAGAUUAUAAUGCACACAAUCACUUUACGCCCUGGGCUCCGCCCUCUCUGUAAUAAGGCACAGACGAUACCUCGUUCAUUCCAGCGAGCCUUAAUCUCAUCGACUACAUCGCGACAAGCCAAGAACCAGAUACACGUCCCUAUCCGCAACAAUGACUCUUUCUCAACCUACCUUUCACUCUCGACAUCGUCCCGGACCCCCCUGCUGACCCUGUGGACCGCCUCAUGGUGCUCAACCUGCAAAGUCGUAAGCCCUCUCAUCAGAGAUCUUGUCGAGUCUGGCGUUGGCGAGGAGGAGGGAGGCGUGUCUCUCGCGACUGUUGAGUUUGAUUCACCGGAUAUCAUGUCAGGAAGUCCCAACUUAGCCAUGACUUACAUGAUCACCAGCAUUCCCACGCUCUUAAGUUUCGACGGUGGGGAGGCACAAACAGCGACCAAGCUAUCGGAUGCCAGAAGGCUCGCCGACAGGGAGUUUCUGAAGGAAUGGAUUCGAACUGAAGCCAGGAGACAUGGUGGCCGUGGAGGUGGAGGAGGCGGAUCGUCUAUCUUUGGAGGUCUGUUUGGCAAAUAAGGCAACAUCAAUCAAAACUCAUCAAUGAUCUGUAUAAUAGACGCGGUUCCAGGAUAUUUUCCGCCUUCUGAACCAUGGCAACAAUAUCACAGCUAGAUAUCUUGAAGCUCACGGUAUCAAUAACACCCAUCACAGAUGCUCGAGCAACACUACCAUGUCGGGCCGGGAGACAGGUAUCUGUUGCCUAGAAUCUACUCGCUUCGAAUUGUUGACAUGCUCCUCAUUACUCGCUCUCGGCCACUUUACCCAGUAAAAGUAGUACCACAGAGAGGGACGUGACGGGGUUCAUUAGGUCAAGCCCGCAUCAUAUCCUAGAGCCUGGUACUUGGCCUUUGAUACUGGCCGUACACACAAACGCCAAGGUUGAUAUCUCUUCCUGAACUUGGUCCUUAUCUGGGGGAUGUAUUCGUUACCUUAAAUCUUGGUUGUUGUUAGGCC